GCGGCCGGCAGGUUAGUGUUUGUACUCCUAUUACACAGUAACGCAGCCGCCAAUAAAAACGCCCGCGACUUUCACCGGCAGGGCGGGGUCUGGGUGUGGACGGGGUCAAAGGUGGUUUGCUUCCAGGUUGAGGGCUGGGCUGAAGGACCUGUGGCACACAGAGUGGAGUCAAGAGACCAGCGUUUUGGGGGAGAGACGGCCACCCCUACGCGACACCCGCUAACACUCGCUGCUCCUCCACGCCACUCCCGCCAUCGCCAUCGCCAUCGCCACGAUGCCGGCCGAAGACCCCGGGGAUGCCCCCACCCAGACCUGUGAGAAUGGCAUCAACAUGGGCUUAUUCCUGCACUGCUCGCUCAUUCCUGCUCUGACCAUCAUGGGGGCGCUGUCCUUCCUGCAGCGGAGGAGGAGGCGCUGGGCUGUGGACCAGAGGCUGAAUGGUCGCUUCGGCGUGGUGGUCCCCCUGGAUGUCCUCGGCAGCCUCAGGAACAGGUGGUCGUACGGUUUUGCCUUCGGGGCUGUGUCCUCCAGCGUGAUGCUGCUCUUCUCUCGAGAGUACAUGCCCUUUCCUCUGCCGCCUUGGGCCAAAGUGAUCGUGUACCUGGUGGGGGCCCUGGAGGUGGGCAUAGCCUACUAUCCCUUCUUUGCCUGUCUGUCUACUCCAUGCCGAUUGGUCGGCCCUACACUGGGAAUUCUCUACACCCUGACCUGGACAGUCGUGUCACUGUGGGACAUGGUGACCUGUCCAGCUGGCAGAGAGCUGGGAAAGUUCCAGAAGCCCAUCUUGCGGUGGCCAAGUGUUCUGUGCCUGAUCUUCCUCCUGGGCCGUUUCACCCACAUACUGGUCAAGGCUGUGCGCUCCAACCUGAGGCUGCAGAACGAUGAGGAUCUGGAUCUGAUGCUGCAGAAUCAUCAGGCCAAAUAUGUGCAGGUUCUGCUGCGUGGUCGUCCCCCUCCGGAGCAGGACAGUGUCUCAAAGGGGGAGGUGAAGAACUGGUUCGAGAGGAACGUUUAUGAGUGGGAUCCCUACUUCAAGUUCCCCACCAGAAUGAUCGGCACGUCCAUCAUCUGUUUCAUAGGCUUGUACGCAAUGACCGUGGCGGACUACAGCCUGUGUGACUACGCGUUCGAUAAGCUCGACCGUCUCGUGGAUUCUCUGAGCACCCUGGCUGCUUCAUGCAACACAACAAACAACCAGUUCGCCGAGUUGGUCCCGCAGCUCAGAAAAUUCAGCCAGGUGGCCAGAGACGUCUGGUUUGUCACCACCAUCUUUGCCAGCCUAACCUCAGUCACAUACACAUUCCAUGUGUUGGUGUGCUACAGGAAGCAGCUGAAGAGGCUGUGGGCAGGACAGAAGAGCUUCAUUCCAGGGAAGUUCCACAACCCCAGCUCUGCAGUCAGCGUGGCUGCUAUCACUAGGUACUCUGGUUGGCAGAUAGCCUACACUAUGUGGGGUUACCUCAUCGUCCACUUUGUGCAGCUUGUGCUGGGGCUGCUGGUGGCGUACGGCCUGGUGCUGCCCAUCCAGCAGGGCAGAGGGCUGGAAGUGCUCUCCAGCCUGGGGAUGGUAAUACUGACUUUGGGUAUGGUCAUAGCACUGGUGAUACUCCAGAUUGUACUGGUCCAGGUGUUCUUCCUCCAAGAGAAGAUUUCCCCCACUGAUAAGCAGAAACCUUUAGCACUAAACAACAGGAAGGCCUUCCACAACUUCACGUACUUCUUCUUCUUCUACAACGUGAUGGUGGGGCUGGGGAACUGCGUCAUACGGCUGGUGGCCAGCGGGGUGCUGGGCACGUGGCUGGUGUCGCGCAUUGACCGCACCAUCGUGCAACGCGGCUACGAGGUGCUGGACCCGGGGUACCGAACCUGGAUUGGCAUGAUCUUUGCUGACCAUCACCAUAGCAACCCUGUCAUGAUCUGCUUCUGCCAUCUCCUGUUGGCUGAAAGACAGGAGAGGGGAGGAGUAACGCCCUCUCAGUUCAACACUCCAACUGCGUGUGUGAGGGGUACGAGGAUUCGGCAGCGCUGGCUCCUGCUCUACACCCUGCUGAGGAACCCCCAGCUGAUCCUGCUGCGGAAAUCCUGCCCCCCGUCCCGCCUCUCAUCCCCCCAGGCCAGCCCAAACACCCCGGCCCGGGACACGCUGAGGGUGGGAUUCGCACUGGGGCUCCGCAACGGCUGGUCAGGAGCGGAGGAAGCAGCAGUCGACGAGGACAAUGCAUGACCCCCCCCCCACAAAACACAGCCUGGCCCACACUCCUUUCUGUGACAUCACUCUCCAUUCUGUGACAUUGCCCGCCAUGCUGUGACAUCACCUUCCAUUUUGUGACAUCACACUCCAUUCUGCGAUUUCACCCUCCAUUCUGUGACAUCACUGUCUAUUCUGGGACAUCACUCUCCUCUUUCUUAUCAUCACAGAGGGAGAGAGUGCACUUCCUAUAAGUACAGGGAGCUGACUCACAGAGUGUUGACUCACAUGAAUGUAUAUUAUCCUGUGAUAAUGUAUAUAUUAACCUUCUUGUUCACUUCUUCUAUUUGAUUAUAAGCCUGUUAUAUUGAGCAAACAGGAAUGUCUGCCUGAUCGAGUGUCAGUACGCUCAGUUACGGUGAUACUGUAAUCCAGGGUGUUUGGCUGGUCUGAUCUGAGUUGCUGUAAAUGAAUGGAGUAACGGUGCAUGUUCUGCUUUAGCCCCUGCAGCCUGUGUCUCCCACUCCUGUGUCUUUCCCAGCAUUCCUGCUUUGUUACAGUGCUGAGGACAGGGUGACCAAUCAGAGCCAUGCAAUGCACCGUUCAUGAUGCCAGUUAUAUGAGUAUGUACAGUAUGAUGCCAAAGUAUGAAAUCACCAUUAGCUUUUCCUGAUCUCCUUGGGACCCAGAGUGUGAAUUUAAUUUGAAUCAGAAUUAGUUACGUAAAAUAAUCCACAUUCCACUUGUAAUGUAAAUAGUGUGUAUAGUGUAACCAACUGUAGUUCUGAGAGGAAAAAUUGUUUCAUGGCAAAAAACAAAAAAACUUUUUUGCCAGUUAUUUUUAAAUAUAAAUGUGUCUGCUCAAACAAAACUUCCAACUGAAGGCUGGGGGUGCAUUGAUUAUUAUGGAUGAGCCCCGCGGUCUGAUUUUAAAUCUUUUAAAUGUGGAGAGCAACGAAAGCAACACACAGUCUCUUUUGGGUAUGAGAUGGUGUCACCCAACGGGGAUUAUAACGUUUUAUUGUCCACUAGCGACCCCUAUUGGUCGAUCGGGCGCCCACAAACUCGCCUGUUGAGCAGCUUGUGAAGUGUCUUCCUUUGACUUGUGAGCUCGACGGGCAGACCGCGGUGACGAGGAACAGCGGCUCACAUCGCGCGCUUUGGAACAGAGCGCGUGUGUGCGCUCUCUAGAUUGGAAUACAGAGACUGCAGCCGUGAGCGAUGCCGGUGAACGUGACUGGACAUUCCAACGAAAAAUACGGCGGAAUUACCCUUGGUUUUCAGUGUGAGGUUGUUGUUAUCAUACACUUGCACUUGUGGAUAUUGGGACCUUUUCAAUUUUUUGACGUCAAUCUGAAAUCAAAUAUGCAAUAAAAAUACAGGCCGAGAUUACUGGAAAUUACAAAACAUAAUUUACAGCCAUACAGUGCGCGUCUUCGUCAACAGGGGAAAUGUAAAUGAUUGCACAUGAAUUGUAUUAUUUUCCUUUCCUCUAUGCCCUGUUGCCAAAUAGAGUUUUAAACUGAGAACACCACAAUGCAUGAGUUAAACCUUCGUCAUCUGAGAGACUGUGUAGGUGUGUGUAAUCAACUGCUUUAAUUGAGCAAUUAAGCUUAUAUUUAGCUGGUGUUGAAUAACAGCAACAGCAGACCCUGUGGCUCCGCAGGAUUAUUUGCUAAAAAAGAAGAAAUUUUUUGUCAUAACUUUUUUAAAAAUUAUUAUCACUCCUGUCAUUCAAAUGAUUCAAUUGUCUCGUUACUGACGUUUUUAUAGUCGAUGUGAUGUGUGCCUGUGAUGUACACGUGUUAGCCAUGUAAUUUUUUUAAACGUGUAACUGGCACAUGCGACUUCAUCGCUAUGUUACAGAAUCAAAGUGAGAACGCUCUGCUAACUGGGUGGGAAUGAGAUGUGCUUUUGCCAGUACCGCAGUGCAGCUGUACACUAAGAGCAGCAUUUUAUUUUUCAUGAAAUAAAGCCAUUCCAUAUGCCUGGAA